AUGAAGUCAGCCGGUCUUUCGUCAACACUGGCAGUCGCUGUCUUGCUGGGGCUCUCGGCUGCUCAUCCCAAAGGUACUAGAGACGCCAGAGGAGCAAUCAUUCGUCCUGAGAAGAUCCUUGUCACCGAUUCUACGCUCAACGAGGCUACUGAGGCCCCUCAAGUCGUUGUUUAUGUCGACGAAGAGGGCACCCCUUUGGAAACGACCGUCGAAACUGUCCGCUUCGUGCCGGCGACGCAAUCACCCAAGCGCCCCUCGAAGCCUGUAGAGCUCAAAACCCGGUCCGAGGAAUUGGCUACCCGCGUAACCUCAUCGCGAGACCUCACUAGCGACAUCCUAGGCUCGUCUUCUUCGUUGAUCGCCUCGACGACCACUCUUCUCUCCGCUUCUUCAACAUCAUCCUCUACGCCCACACCUUCUUCCUCCCUUACUACGAACUCGACUCUUUACGGAAUCGCCUAUGCACCUUACACGGCAGCGGGACUGUGUAAAACAGCUACUGAGAUCGACGCCGACUUUACGGAGCUCAAGGGAAAGUACUCGGUAGUGCGCACCUACGGUACCGACUGCAAUCAGAUCGCGAACGCCCUUCCCGCGGCCAAGAAGGCUGGUCUCAAACUCUUCUUGGGCAUUUUUGACAUCAGCUCGAUCUCUACCCAGGUCGCAUCCAUUAUCACGGCAGCCAACGGCGACUGGUCUUUGAUCGAUACUGUCAGUGUCGGCAACGAAUUGGUCAACAAUGGCAAGGCCACAGCGCAGCAAAUGGUCACAGCCAUCACCCAGACACGCCAGCUUCUCCGCGCUAACGGCUACAACGGCCCGGUCGUCACUGUUGAUACCUUUGUGGCGGUCCUUGCCAACCCUUCUCUUUGCGAUGCUUCUGACUACUGCGCGAUGAACAUUCACCCCUUCUUCGACAGCAACACGGCGGCGAAGGACGCUGGCUCGUUCAUCACUAGCACGGUUGCUCAGGUCCAGGCCAAGCUCUCUGACCGAAGCAAGCGCGUUGUCUGCACGGAGACGGGAUGGCCAUGGAAGGGAAAUGCCAAUGGUGCCGCUGUUCCAGGUCUCAGUGAGCAGAAGUUGGCUGUUGACUCAAUCAAGAAGGCAUACGCAAGCCAUCCAGGUGAUGUUAUUCUCUUCUCUGCCUUCAACGACCUCUGGAAGCACGCCGAGGCAGCGACCUUCAAUGCGGAGCAGUACUGGGGCAUUGGAGCUCUGUACUCGGCAUCUGGAAAAUAA